AUGUGCAUGGACAAGAGUAAUUGGGGCAUCAUGUUGGAAAGAGUGGCGGGCGCAUCAACUCCAAUGGAAGGCCAUAAGAAAGGCAAGGAUCUUCAUGUGAAGUUCAUCAUUAAGUCCUUCAAGGUACCGGAAAUUUAUAUUGAAGUCCCUGAAGCCACUAGUGUUGGUUCUCUGAAGAGAACCUUGAUGGAGGCAAUUACUGCUAUUCCUGGAAAUGGAGUACGAGUUGGGGCAGUUCUUCAAGGGAAGAAAGUUCGAGAUGACAAAAGAACUUUGCAGCAGGCUGUAUUUCCACGAGAUGCAGACGAGGAGUUAAUGAGGUCUCCUGCCACUCCAAUGGUUGAUUCAGGGAUUUCAAAUGCCUCAGUAGAUCCCCCUUUUAUAAGUAGUUGA